AUGCGCACUCAUACUGGUGAGAAGCCGUUCAAAUGCGCUCACUGUAAUUCGACCUUCGGCCAGAAAGCAGACUUGCAAGCACACAUACGAACUCACACUGGUGAGAAGUCAUGCGCCUGCGAACAGUGCGAUAAAAGGUUCGGAACAUCGAGAGAUCUAAGGAGGCAUUACACAAUUCAUACGGGUGAAAAGCCGUUCAAAUGCAAUUCGAGCUUCGAACUGGAGCAAAACUUGCAAAGACACAUGCGAACUCAUAGUGGUGAGAAAACAAAUGCCAAAUUUGCGAUAAAAAGACGAAUGACCGAACCUCCUUAA